AUGGCGGACCCGCGCUCGAUAUCCGCCGUCGAGAUAUCCGGCCUGACUAUAGAGGAGGUAACAAAAAUCAUCGAGCGGGUAUUCACUGCUGGAUUAGAUUCGCCAGCCCCGGAACCUAGACACACUACCGUCAACCACACCGCACUUUUUGCGGCAGCAGAGAAAGGCGACUUAGAAACUGUUAAGGUCCUUGUCCGCUAUGGCGCAAAUAUGGACGCUCUUUGCGGCAGUGCGCCGCAUUUUGACACGCCGAUGACGGUAGCGAAGAAGCGACACCAGUCAGAUGUCCUUGUGUUCUUGCUUGAGAUGAGAACGGCCAAAGUUUACAAAGAUCUUGGGCUAGAUGAGGCAACGAGGCUUGAAGCGAAAAUUGCAGAAAUGGAAAUAGCUAUCGGGGAGAACCCUAUCCUACUAGACGGCCUAGCUCAGAGCGACCCUAAAGCUUGUGGCCCUGGAGCUGAGCCAGGGGCCUUCCUACGUCAACUCGUCAGAUUUUUCGAAGAAUCCAUGGUUGCGACACUGGAGUUUAGAAACCCAUCUGCUUUAAAGGAUUCAUAUAGGCGCAGGGAUCUGUCUCCUUGCAUAAUGGACUGA